UCGAAGCCUUCUUUUUUCCCCUUCUUCUUCUUCUUCUGCUGCUGCUCCGGCAGCCCCGACCGGCCGCCGCGCUGGAGGAGAGACGCAAAGGAGACCCCCGGAGGAUGGAGGAUGAGGCCGUCUUGGACAGAGGGGCCUCCUUCCUUAAGCAUGUGUGCGACGACGAGGAGGUGGAAGGUCAUCAUACAGUCUACAUUGGGGUUCACGUGCCUAAAAGUUACCGAAGGAGGAGGCGCCACAGAAGAAAGCCCAAGGAAAAGAAAGAAAAGGAGAAAAUCUCUGAAAACUCGGACAAAUCUGAUGUUGAAAAUGCUGAUGAGACCAGCAGCAGCAUCCUCAAGCCACUGAUCUCCCCCGCCGCCGAACGCAUCCGCUUCAUUUUGGGCGAAGACGAUGACAGCCCCGCGCCACCCCAGCUCUUCACGGAACUGGACGAGCUCCUGGCUGUUGAUGGGCAGGAGAUGGAAUGGAAGGAGACAGCAAGGUGGAUAAAGUUUGAGGAGAAAGUGGAGCAGGGUGGAGAGAGGUGGAGCAAACCACACGUUGCCACGUUGUCCCUACACAGCUUGUUUGAGUUGAGGACGUGUAUAGAGAAAGGGUCGAUCAUGUUGGAUCUGGAGGCCUCGUCGCUCCCUCAGGUAGUAGAGAUGGUUGUUGACAACCAGAUCGAGACAGGCCUGUUGAAGCAAGAGAUGAAGGACAAAGUCACUUACACCCUGCUCAGGAAGCAUCGCCACCAGACCAAAAAAUCCAACCUGCGCUCCUUGGCCGACAUCGGGAAGACUGUCUCCAGUGCAAGUAGGAUGUUUACCAACCCAGAUAAUGGCAGCCCAGCCAUGACGCACAGAAACCUGACUUCCUCUAGUUUGAACGACAUCUCUGACAAACCCGACAAAGAGCAGCUGAAGAACAAGUUCAUGAAGAAGUUACCUCGAGACGCAGAGGCCUCCAACGUCCUGGUGGGAGAAGUCGACUUCCUGGAAGCUCCUUUCAUUGCCUUCGUUCGGCUGCAGCAAGCAGUUAUGCUCGGUGCUCUUACAGAAGUCCCUGUACCUACCCGGUUCCUCUUUAUUUUGCUGGGUCCCAAAGGCAAAGCUAAAUCGUACCAUGAGAUUGGCCGAGCCAUCGCUACCUUGAUGUCUGAUGAGGUGUUCCACGACAUUGCCUACAAAGCCAAAGACAGGCAGGAUCUGAUCGCUGGGAUUGAUGAGUUCCUGGAUGAAGUCAUUGUGCUGCCCCCUGGGGAGUGGGACCCUGCCAUCAGGAUAGAGCCCCCCAAGUCCCUCCCGUCUUCAGACAAAAGGAAAAACAUGUAUUCAGGUGGUGAGAAUCUGCAGAUGAACGGAGACACUCCACACGACGGGGGAAAUGGCGGUGGGGGGCACGGGGACUGCGAGGAGUUGCAACGAACUGGCAGAUUCUGCGGCGGUUUAAUCAAAGACAUCAAGAGGAAAGCCCCUUUCUUUGCCAGCGACUUCUAUGACGCAUUCAACAUCCAAGCCCUGUCUGCCAUUCUCUUCAUCUAUCUGGCUACUGUAACCAACGCCAUCACUUUUGGGGGGCUGCUGGGAGAUGCUACGGACAACAUGCAGGGCGUGUUGGAAAGCUUUCUGGGCACCGCAGUGACAGGAGCUCUCUUUUGCCUUUUCGCUGGCCAACCACUCACGAUUCUGAGCAGCACUGGGCCUGUCUUGGUCUUCGAAAGGCUUCUGUUUAACUUCAGCAAAGACAAUGACCUGCAUUAUCUGGAGUUCCGCCUCUGGAUCGGUUUGUGGUCAGCCUUCCUGUGUCUUAUCCUGGUUGCCACUGACGCCAGCUUCUUGGUCCAGUAUUUCACCCGGUUCACGGAAGAGGGCUUCUCCUCCCUCAUCAGCUUCAUCUUCAUCUAUGACGCUUUCAAGAAGAUGAUCAAGUUGGCAGACUACUACCCCAUCAACUCCAAAUUUAAAGUGAACCAGAUCACACUUUACUCCUGCACCUGCAUGCCGCCAGAUCCAGUUAAUUCUUCUGCAUCUAACGUGACAGCCACAACCCCGUCUUAUUGGCCUGCAAGUAACUCUACUGAGAUGUACAACGUCACGAUCGAUUGGUCAUCUCUGGGGAAGAAGGAGUGCCUGAAAUACGGGGGAGUCCUCUUCGGCAACAAUUGCAAAUACGUUCCCGACAUCACGCUCAUGUCCUGCAUGCUCUUCUUGGGCACCUAUACCUGCUCGAUGGCCCUGAAGAAGUUCAAGACCAGCCGUUAUUUCCCAACCACCGCAAGGAAGUUGAUCAGCGACUUCGCCAUCAUCCUUUCCAUCUUCAUUUUCUGUGGAAUUGAUGCUCUGGUAGGUGUGGACACACCAAAACUCCUUGUGCCAAGCGAAUUCAAGCCAACAAGCCCCCACAGAGGCUGGAUCGUCCCGCCAUUUGGCGAGAAUCCCUGGUGGGUGUAUCUGGCAGCAGCCAUCCCUGCGUUGCUUGUGACCAUCCUUAUCUUCAUGGACCAGCAGAUCACAGCUGUUAUUGUCAACCGGAAAGAACACAAACUCAAGAAAGGCGCUGGCUAUCAUCUGGAUCUGUUCUUGGUCGCUGUGCUGAUGAUUGUAUGUUCCUUCAUGGGCCUCCCCUGGUACGUUGCUGCUACGGUGAUCUCCAUCGCGCACAUUGACAGCUUGAAGAUGGAGACGGAGACGUCUGCGCCUGGGGAGCAACCCAAGUUCCUGGGAGUCAGGGAGCAGAGAGUGACUGGAGUGAUUGUGUUCAUUCUGACGGGCAUUUCAGUCUUCAUGGCUCCCAUUCUGAAGUUUAUUCCCAUGCCUGUGCUCUAUGGCGUGUUUCUGUACAUGGGUGUCGCUUCCCUUAAUGGAGUUCAGUUCAUGGACCGCCUGAAGCUGCUCCUGAUGCCUCUGAAGCACCAGCCUGACUUCAUCUACCUGCGCCAUGUCCCCCUUCGCCGGGUCCACCUCUUCACUUUCCUCCAGGUGGUGUGCCUGGCUCUCCUUUGGAUCUUGAAGUCGACAGUGGCUGCUAUCAUAUUCCCAGUCAUGAUCCUGGCUCUCGUGGCAGUCAGAAAGGCGAUGGACUACCUCUUCUCCCAGCACGACCUCAGUUUCCUCGACGACGUCAUUCCAGAAAAGGACAAGAAGAAGAAAGAGGACGAGAAGAAAAAGAAGAAGAAGAAAGGCAGCCUGGACAGUGACAAUGAAGAUGAGAAAAAUCACCAACAUUCCUUGAACGCCAUACAUCAUGCUGAUAAUAUUCCUUUCCUGCACUCCCACACAAUGCCAAGCCCUCCACGAACUCCAAUGAAAGUUGUGCCUCAAAUUAGAAUAGAGCUUGAUCCUGAAGACAGUUAUUUCUGGAGGAGCAAGGGAACAGAAACUACGUUGUAAUUUGUUCGUUAAUCUUCAGCUGAAACCGGCUUUUUUAUCUCCUCCUCCUCCUCCUCCUCCUCCUUUACUACUAGCCAAAUAUCCAAAAUGCUCUCUGCCCAGGUAAAACCAAGGCAGAUUCUACUCUCGAAAGCAUUUAGGUUCCCUCCCCCCUUUCCU